AUGCUCCACUUAAGAAAACUCAGAUUAACAUUUUCAUUCUUCAACCUUAAACCCUCCCUAAACCCUAGAUUUCACAGCACAACAAAAACAUCACUUCAAAUUCAAUCACACCCAAAACCCAAAAUUCCCUCAAAAUCCACAAUCAAAGAAGCCCAAUCCGCAUUACUAGACUAUCUCCAUUCCACAAGAAGCUUGCAGUUUCUAGACGCCGACAACAUGUGCAAAAACUCACCUUUUUUCAUUCAAACCCUCGUCGAAAAAACCCUAAAAAACGAAAAACUCGUAAACCCUAAGAGAUUAAUUUCUCGCUAUCUCCGUUACCAUCCAAUCAACGAAUUCGAACCGUUUUUCGAGAGUUUGGGUUUGAAGCCUUCCGAAUAUGCACCUCUUCUUCCGCGUGACUUGAUUUUUCUCAAUGAUGAUCCUGUUAUGAUGGAGAAUUAUCAUACUCUCUGUAACUAUGGGGUUCCGAGGUCCAAAAUGGGCAAGAUUUUCAAGCAAGCGCCGGAGGUUUUUAGAUUUGAAAAUGGGGUUUUGGGUUUGAAGAUUAAGGGUUAUGAGAAGAUGGGUGUUUCUUAUGCGGUUUUAGUGAAUGCUGUAGCGGUUAGUCCUGGGAUUUUGGUUGGUGAUGUUAAUGAUGAUUUUGUUGAGGUUGUGGAUAUGUUGAAAGAUGUUGUUGCAAAGGGUGGUGAUGUUGACAGUGGUUGGAUUAAGUGGCAGUUUUUGGAUGAGGGUUCUUGUAAUUGGGGCUUGAUGCGUGAGCUCUUGUGUUUGCUUUCGGAUGCUGGUUUGAGUAAGGAAGAGCUGGCUGAGAUUAUUCGAUGUAGUCCUUGUAUUGUUUUUGAGGAAUCGGGAGGUAGGACACUCUCUAUGAUUGGGUUUUUGACUAAAUUUGGAUUGUCUGUGAACCAGAUUGCCCUUGUGUUUCUUGAGUUUCCGCAGAUUCGGAUGGUUAAGUUUUUAGCUAACUUAAGAAUGUGUUUUCAGCUUCUGGCUGAAAUUGACAUGGAAGCUGCAGAGAUUGGAAAGAUUUUCCAGUCUCACACAUUGUUUAUUGGCUCCUAUACUCUCAAGACAACAAAGAGUUUGCUUGCUUGUUUGAAUGUCGGCAAGAAGCGUCUUUCUGCCAUAGUGCAGGAGAAUCCUCAUGAAAUGAAGAAUUGGAUUCUGGGAAGGAGAGUUAAGCCUUUGGUUAGCAUAAGGGAGGAGGAAGAGGAAAAAUCGAAGGCGGGGAAGACAGAGUUCUUGCUGCGGUUAGGAUAUGUGGAAAAUUCGAAACAAAUGAAUACGGCAUUUAAGAUGUUCAGAGGUAAGGGAGCUGAACUUCAGGAGAGAUUUGAUUUUAUUGUUAGUGCUGGCUUGACACGCGACGAUGUUUGUAGUAUGAUUAAAGUUUCACCGCAGAUUCUUAAUCAGACCACAGAUAGGGUCAAGAUGAAAAUCGAGUUUCUUAAAAAGAUAGGAUAUUCUGUAUCAGAUUUAGUGAGUUUUCCAUCUUAUCUUUCAUAUAAAUCUCUAAGAGUUAAACGUAGGUUGUCAAUGUAUUACUGGCUUAUAGACAAUGGGGCCGUAGAGCCCGGGCUUGCUUUGAGCACCAUUAUUGCAUGCACAGACAGAAUAUUCUUACAAAGUUAUGUGAAUCGCCAUCCCUCUGGCCUUCAAGUUUGGGAAGAUUUGCAGAAAGAAAUUCAUUCUGAAGAUUAA